UUACAAUAAUAAUAAUAAUAAUAAUGAAAACAAAAUAAGAUUAUCCAGUUUUUUUUCACUGUCAACUUAAACUUAUUCUAUAGUUUAUUGUUUAGUAGAAUUUAUUAAAAUAGAAAUCUUAAGUUUUAUAGUUUAUUUGUGUUCGUAAAGAUGAUUAACAGCCUUUUCAUUAUAAAUUCCUCCGGAGAUGUGUUCAUGGAAAAGCAUUGGAAGAGCGCAGUUGCUCGAUCUUUAUGUGACUACUUUUUCGAUCAACAAAGAAGAGUUUUAUCCCCUGAAAAUACUCCACCAGUUAUUGCUACACCACAUCAUUAUUUAAUUAGUAUUUAUCGAUGUCAUAUGUUUUUUGUUGCUGUAUGUACAACAGAAGUUCCCCCGUUAUUUGUUAUUGAAUUUUUACACAGAGUUGUUGACACGUUCGAAGAUUAUUUCAAUGAGUGCACUGAGACUAUUAUUAAAGAAAAUUAUGUUGUUGUCUAUGAAUUAUUAGAUGAAAUGUUAGAUAACGGGUUUCCUUUGGCUACUGAAUCAAAUAUUUUGAAAGAGCUCAUAAAACCACCAAAUAUUUUAAGAACAAUCGCGAAUACAGUUACGGGAAAAUCGAAUGUGAGUGCAAUUUUACCUAGUGGCCAAUUAUCUAAUAUUCCUUGGAGAAGAACAGGCGUUAAGUAUACUAAUAAUGAAGCUUACUUUGAUGUAGUAGAAGAAGUUGAUGCAAUAAUCGAUCGAACUGGUGCUACAGUUUUUGCUGAAAUUCAAGGAUAUGUUGACUGCUGUAUUAAAUUAAGUGGGAUGCCAGAUCUUACACUGUCUUUUAUGAACCCACGAUUAUUUGAUGAUGUCAGUUUUCAUCCGUGUGUUAGAUUCAAACGUUGGGAGUCAGAGCGUAUACUCUCAUUCAUUCCGCCUGACGGUAAUUUCCGAUUACUUUCAUAUCAUAUUGGAUCACAAAGUAUUGUAGCAAUUCCGAUUUACGUAAGACAUAAUAUCAGUCUAAAAGAACCAGGCGGUGGUAGAUUGGAUAUAACAGUUGGACCAAAACAAACUGUUGGUCGAACAGUCGAAAAUGUUACACUCGAAAUACCGAUGCCGAAAAUUGUUUUGAAUUGUACUUUAGUACCAAAUCAAGGCAAGUAUUCAUUUGAUCCUGUUAGCAAAGUAUUAUUUUGGGAUAUUGGACGCAUAGAUGUUUCGAAACUACCAAAUUUACGUGGGUCAAUUACCAUACAAAAUGGAGCAUCAUUUUCUGAAUCAAAUCCUGCGAUUAAUGUUCAUUUCACAAUAAAUCAAUUAGCCGUUUCUGGUUUGAAAGUAAGCGGUUUGGACAUGUAUGGUGAAAAAUAUAAACCAUUUAAAGGCGUUAAGUAUAUUACUAAAGCUGGAAAAUUCCAGAUUCGAAUGUAAUUGUAUAAAUAAACAGAUUCUACUUUAUAUAAUUUAUAUAACAAUU